CUGAUUUCGAAUUAUUAUUGAUACUGUAUUUAUUUAUGAACUUUCAGUACUACAAAUACUAAAGUUUUGAAAAAAGUUCAAAGUCAUUUUUACCAAAGACUGCCGAACAGUUAACCCAUGCCAGGACACACAUGACAUUGUACAACCAGGAAGUGCUGGAGCAAUCAGAUAUAUUAAAUGUCUUGAUAUAAAAAGUCAGUAUUUUGGAGAAUGUUUAAGAGUUAGAAGAGUAUUCGGUACAAAUCAUUAUAAUAAUUAUGAUUCUAUGUAUUUCCUCUGUAUGAUGACUAACCAGCAAACGGAUUUGUAUGUUUUAAGUUAUACACACAUGGCGAAUGAGUUCAAAUUGACAAGUGAUAUGAAAAAAGACUUCGACAAGGAUGGUUUCAUUAUUGUCAGGGGACUUCUUUCAAAUGACGAGGUUAAACACGUGCAGCAUGCACUGACGGUUGGCAAAUUCUCGGAGCACACAUAUGCAGUACCUGACGGCGCCGGUCGGGAUACACAUAUGAUUAUGUGGAACCACCCAGGUGUUGACGUAACGGGAAUGGUUGCAAGAUGUGAAAAAGUAGCCGGUACAUGCGAACAGUUACUAGGAGGUGAAGUUUACCACUACCAUACUAAACUGAUGAAGAAACCUGCUAAGAUAGGUGGUCGGCAUAUUUGGCAUCAAGAUUAUGGGUACUGGUACCGAUACGGGUGUUUAUUCCCAAACAUGAUGACCGUGUUUAUUGCUGUAGAUAAGUGCAAGAGGACUAACGGCUGCCUACAAAUUCUGAAAGGCUCGCAUAAGUGUGGACGUAUCGAGCACAUCAAUGUGGCUGGACAAGUGGGUGCUGAUAUGGAGAGAGUUGAUGAUCUUGCUAAAGUAUUACCUCUUGAAUAUGUAGAGCUUGAGCAAGCGGAUGCUUUAUUUUUCCAUUGUAAUUUGUUGCAUUGUAGCAGUGCUAAUACAAGUGCGGACAGACGCUGGGCACUUUUAUGUGCCUAUAACAGAGCGGAUAACAAUCCCACCAUUAAACAUCACCAUCCGCAAUAUACACCCUUAAAGAAGGUUCCUGAUACAGAGAUUUUGGAAUGUCAAGAUUUCACCACAGUGGACGGUAAACGGUUCAUAGACCCAGUCAGAGACAAGCGACCAGGUCGUAUACUUACUCCAGACGAACAAUAAAAUAGAAGGAACAGGAUUAGCUUGACCAAAUGUUUUUUUAAUUCAAAAGCAAUUAAACAAAACAGUUAUCCCCUGCAAUAUACAACCAGGAAGUGCUGAAUUAAUCAGAAAUAUAAAAUGUCUUGAUAAGCAAUCAGUAUUUUGGUAACGUAGACAAAGGUGACUGCGUGAGAAAAUAAACACACUUUUUGAAGGCUAGUUUCCAAUCUGAGUAUGGAAGAACAAAUCAGCUUUAUGUGUGAGUCUAUAUACUCGUAGCCAUCAUAAUGUAGAAUAGGUCAACAUGACGGCGCAUAAGCAGUUAUGCUACCAAAUCAUUUGGGACUUAUAUAAUCACCUCACGGUUAAGCUAUUGUAAUGCUUUGUUACAUUACCUGAUCUUCAGAUACAGAGAACAAUACAAAAGUCUAAUCCACAAGUGUACACAAGCUAUACAUUAUCAUUCCUCAGUCUAUGAUAAGGACAGGCAUGGUAGCGGUUUACAUGCUGAAGUCAAAAAAUAAUUCGCCAGACUAAUUAUUACGUGUGUAUAUAUAUAAUACGGAGCUUUGCGUACAACGUCACAAUUACAGAUACUCUGACUAAAUGCAAUUUUAAAGUAUGUGUGAAACCCAAUCUGUUUCAAAACACUUGACAAUGACAAACUAACCGAAUAAUCUUGUCUUUUAAAAUAAUUUUCAAUGUUUUAUGUUUUGUUUGUCAUUUUUCU